AUGGUAAACGAAGAACUAGCUCUGUCUCCAACAUCAUUAUCUCUCGAAACAGCAAAGUCGUGUGUCAUAAUUUCUACAGAAUCAUCCAUUAGCAUAUAUGAUCUUUAUACUAAUCAACGACGUCUUCUCAUUUUAAUAUUACUUUCUCUAGCUGGUAUUGUAUUACCAUUUUCUGAUACUGUUUAUUUGCCUGCUUUGGCAGAAAUAGAACAUGAUUUGCAUGCCAGCACUGUACUUGUCGAUUAUACAAUUUCAGCAUAUCUUAUUUCGGCUGGUAUCGCUGGAUUUCUCUGGGGACCAUUGAGUGAUCGAUUCGGUCGUAAGAUUAUUCUUAUCGUUACUUUUAUCCUGUUCUUGGCUUUCACCAUCGUAUGUGCUCUAGCACGUACUAUUGCUGUUUUACUCGUGUUUCGUUCAUUGCAAGGUGCAGUAAUAUGUGCAUCGUUCGUUGUGGGUCAAAGUGCUGUUGUUGAUAUAUAUCCACCAGAAAAAAUUGGUUUCGCUAUGGGUCUCUUUCUCGUUCCAUUACUUGUUGGACCUAUCAUUGGACCAUUUAUCGGCGGAAUAUUAUCUAGCGUAUUUGGUUGGCGAAGCACUUUUAUAGCGCUGGGUAUCAUGACUAUUAUUGCUACUCUUAUGAUUUUUUUUUUCGUUCCUGAAACUCAUCCUCAUCUUGUAUUUCAGAGAUUGUCACGAAAGUUACAGAAAAAUUCUGCCGAUAAAAAUACAAAAGCUGCAUUGAAUAUACGAGAAACUGAUAUCAUUAUGAAGCCACGUUUCAUACCACCAUGGCGUUCAUUGAUAUUUUUAUUCGAUAUGACACUGAUUCCUCAUAUUGCUCUGUGCAAUAGCAAUUUUUCUAUUCUAUUUCUUUUAUUUACCGACAUGUCCAAUCGACUAACUGAAAAACCUUAUUUACUCUCACCAUUUUCCAUAGGUCUCUGUUACAUUCCAACUGGUAUCGGAUCACUAACGGGAAGUUUAUGUGGUGGUUGGAUUUCUGAUUGGUCAGCAAAACGUUUUCCUCGAGCGAUUGAAGGUCGUCUCAUAUUUAAUUUGAUCGGCUCUUUUCUAUGUCCUUUUGGAUUAUUAUUGUGUGGAUGGUCAUUUCAUUUUAAUCUUCAUCUAGCUGGACCACUAAUUGGUUCAACAUUAUUUUGCUUCGGUGAGACAUUUAUGUUCACAAGUACUUCUGCAUUUGCUACGAUAAAAAAACCAACAAUGGCUGGUACUAUUCUUGCUCUAAUCAGUUCGAUCGGCUUCUUAUCUUCUGGUAUUGGAAUUAUUGUUAUCAUUCCAUUAUUCAAAAUACUUAAGUUUGGAUACUUGUUUAGCAUCUUAGCUGCAAUUGUUUUCUUGCUUAUAUGUAUAUCGGGGAUGGUUAUCAUAUUCCAAAUACGUAAAUCAAACUUGACGACUACUCAUUCUAAUAUUAUGAAAACUACCCCUUCGUCACAUGCAUUAAUUGAUCAAUCAAAAGAUAUCAUUCCAAUCCAGUUCUUUUAA